UUUUGAGAUUUUUGAGAUUGAAACCAUGUGUGCCAAACUUCUCUGCUCAUGCCCCCUUUAAAAAUGUAAACUGAAUGACCCACUCCCACCAUCAGCUGUGAACCAAUGUGGCGAAAUUCCCACAAACUCAUAUUGCAAACAUCCUCUUGAAUCGUCCUGCCUCCAAGUUUCAUUGUCUUACUCAUUUCCUGCAGCCCAUUUCUGUCGUCCAUUGAAAGGAAAUCGCUGGGCCAUCCCCCCGGACGCGCGCGCCUGUGCUGUGGAGCUCCCCCUUGCUGCGUGCAUCGUGAUCGUGUGGAUGCAGAGUCUCGCGGAGAACGCAGGGUCACCUUCUGUCACUGCGAGAGGGGGAAAUACUGAAGAAUUUGCAGCACAGACUGUUGGGUAUUGGUGCACCUCAGCAGCAGCAGCAGCAACAUCCUCGGUAAGGCAUGAUGCGUAAAUGUGAGUGAGGGUGUAUGUAUGCGUGUGUGUGUGUGAUGAUGAAGCCACAUUGCUGCACUGAGAGGAGAAGCUGAGCAUCCUUUCAGCAAAGGGCGACGCGGGGAUAAAGGAAUCUCGCAUCAUUUCCAAGCGUCUGGAUUAUGUCCAAUCCCUUCUCCGCUGCCAGACUGACCAAGUACAACCUUUCUACCGCAAUACUCCAGAUAUUGCAGUUUUCAAUUAUGCAUGCGUCAUUUUAUACGCUGUCUCGCUGUUUGCAUUCACACCAAGGGUGAAUAUGACCAUCUUGCAUCAUAUUGGAUUACUAUGACAGGCUGGAGCUGUUUUAGACUGGAUCGGUUUGGUUUUGCACAGUCAACCUACUUCCUGUUGUAAUGACAGCAUGAUGCAGGGUGUUGUUUUUACUAUGCAGCUGUUUUGGAAGAUUUGACCUCAUUGUCCACUGUGUGUUUGCAUUAAAUGAGUAUAAGGUUGGAUUGGUUGCCAUGAUGUAACUGGAGAUGGUGGUCAAGAAGACAGGGAUAGUGUUGCCAUUUUAUGUCCUUUACCAUGCGCGUAAUGGGUAAACAAGAUGAGAAAUGUGGCAUACUUCGAUUGAAUAUGUUGUCAACAUCUCUGUUUGUUCUAUUUGUUGGGUAAAAGGACGCAGGUUUGGAUUUAGGGGUCUAUUUCUUUAGGAUUUCUCGGUGAAAUGGACGUGAAUGUUAAUGGGAGCUCUGACGUUAUGUAAUUGGUUGUCAGAGCGCAGCGAGGAGCCAUCUCUAGCGUCAUUGUUUUCCUCUCUGACAAACCACCAGCAGCAGCAGCACAGAGGAGGAGCAUCCUGGUUUCUACAUUGGAUUAUAGGUGCAUGUGCUCUUUUAAUCAUUCAUCAAAUCUACUCCAUGCUUUGAGCUGCAUUUUGCGCUUUUUUUCCCUCUCCAGAUGUGUGUUGUAUUAAAGGUGUGCUGUGCGCCUCUUUCGUCAAAACCCUGCAGCUUUUCUUCGCCGUCAUGACGUAGCGUUUGACGGACGGGGCCGCUCGUGCCCGCCUCAGCGUGUUGUGGAGCUGUCCGCGGUGCUGAACUGUUUGCCAGAGCGCCUGUCUGUCAGCAGUCAAGGUGCCCCCAAGAGAGCUGACACGAGGCUGCAGAGAGGAGAUGAUGAUACUGUGGGGGGGUAAUCCAAUUUUAGUGAGGAAGGGGGAGUUACAGAGAGCAGGCUGUUCAUCACCAGGAAAUCUAUCUAUCUAUCUAUCUAUCUAUCUAUCUAUCUAUCUAUCUAUCUAUCUAUCUAUCUAUCUAUCUAUCUACCUACCUACCUACCUACCUACCUAUCUAGUGUACCUACCUUCCUACCUACCUACCUACCUCAAAUAACCCCAAAAUUAACUGUCACCGUGUGCCAAAUUUAUUUAAUUUUCUAGCCCAACAAGAUAAAUCUUGAGUUGGCUUCUAUACAUUGGACCAUGAGGCCCAUCACAAUUUAUUUUUGCAUCACCAAUGUGUUAUUUUUUACUCAUAUCUUCAACCAAAUAUGUAUUUAAUCGAACAUUAUCUGCAAAAAUAAGCACAAAAAUAGUCUAUGUGACGUUAAAGAGUGUUGACAUGUUAGGUGUUCGAUAGGAGAACCAGACAGUGUACAAAAAAGAUUGCCUUCAUGUGUCUUAUCUUUUUUACGAUAAGGAUUUCAGUGGCUUUAUUGAAGUGAUUUUAUCAGUGGAUAGAACAGAAAGUGCCAUAUGUAUCCUCUAAUGCAUCCAAAAGUUGGAUUUAACCUUCUAAAGUUGCAACAUUUGGAGAUGGUUUCUGAAUUCAUAUUGUUUCAUCAUGACUUGCUCUGCAACCACAACUUUACAUGAGCUGUUGUGGUUGUUGCUGUUGUUUUACUUAAUGUUGCUGCUGUCCCCUGUCUCUCUCUCUCUCUCUCUCUCUCUCUCUCUCUCUCUCCCUCCCUCUCCCUAACUCAUUCUCUCUCUCCUUCCCUCUAUCUUGUUCUCUUUCUCUCCCCCUGCUCUCUCUCCCACUCCUCUCUCUCUCUCUCUCCCCCUAUCUCUCUGUAUUCCUCAGCGGCUUGGUAGCUGUCUGGCAUGAAUCUGGUCCUGCUCAAGGUUUCUGCCUGUUAAAAUGAAGUUUUUCUUUGCCACUGUUACUCAUGUUAGAUGAGAUGGGCCAAAUCCUAUCUUAGGUUGGGUCUUGAUAAUUCAUCAAACAAUGAGCGUGGUCUAGACCUGCUCUUUUUCUUUGGACAGCAUCUUGGGAUGACGACUGUUGUGAAUUGGCGCUAUAUAAAUAACAUUUGAUUUUUAUCUCAGUCCAAGUUUGACCGUUUUUUGAAUAACUGUAUUUGGGUAAAUGAGAUAUAGUUAGUUUUGUCAUAUGGAUGCAUUAAAAUGAUAAUGAUUGUAGAGUUUCCUUUUUCAUUUCUGGCGACACAGUAGAAAAAUAUGUUAGUAGUUCUCACAGUCGGCACUGAAGUCAGCUUGUUUGGUUCUUAACAGACACAUUUAGGUAAUUUCUCCUCUGCAUGCGUUGUUACUUCAGUUUGUGUACUGUCAGCUUAUGUGCGUCCUUGAGAGACAUCUAGCUAUUAAUUAAGUCACAAACUAGUCCUCGUCUCCAUUUAAAGGCUCUUUGAGUAUUUCCGAGCUCUCUCUGGCUUCCUGUAGUACUCACAGUGUGUCUGCGGUGUGUGUCCACGCUCGACUUGUUUUGUCUUUUGAUUACAAUGAGGCUGCAUCUCCCUGCUGAGGAAUUUAAUUUGCACUCAAGCAACCACUGGCUUGAUCUCUGGUUAUCUUCCACCACAAAUAGAAAACAAUAGCAGAGAGGUGAAUUGUAUUUACCGCAGGGGAAGGGGAUGUUUGACCCAGAGGUGAAAUAAGGAAGAGUUUCAGGCAGUAAGGAUAAAUGGUUUUAGGUUGUUUUUAAUCCUCUUCAAUUCUGGUUUCUUUUUUGGCCAUGUGAAUAUUUACUGACAAAGGAUUAAUCGGAGAGUGGGAUUUGUUGGAUGCGCUGCAGCGUGCAACCGUCAUUUUGUUGUUUCUUUCCUGCUUUUAAUGUAAGAUAUCUAAAAUAGGCGCUGUAGCCCGAUUCUGUCAAGUGUUGUAGUCACAUAAAAAGCCCAAUAAGGCUGUGAUUUGUGACAUGAAACAUGGAAAUCAGAUACCUUUGCAGAUCUUAUGGUUUAUUAUGAUGUGAUGAUUAAAAUUAAAGUCUGCAAAUCACUGCAAACAGCUGCAGACAAAUGAUUUCUGCAAAUUCAUCUUCUAGCUGCAAAAGUGCGCCCAGUCAAUCCAGCUAGAUCUGAUCUGUAUUCCCUUUCACAUGUAGCAACGCUGUGUUUACGGCUGACCUUUAUCUUUGUUGUGCUACAUUGUCAAUUUUUGGUGUUUGUCGAUGGCCCCGAGACGUCACGCGCGAAGAAGAGAGGACGGAUGUGUGAAACAGCGGGGUGUGUUUUUGGUCCCCUUUCUAAUGUGUUUGUUGAUGAAAGGGUUAAAGGCUGCUGCUCCCCUGGUUGAAGGGGGAGAUAGUGGUGUCUGACAAGGUGUGAAAAAGGAGGCUAUGUAAGAACAGAGAGUCUGAAGGGCAGUCGGAGUGUCUCAUUUCUCUGUGUGCAGAGGCGUACACACACUAACACACACUCACGUAGGGGAAGACUCAAUCUUUGGUGGAAGAUUUACGAUGUUCGAAAUGCUCCAAAACACCCAUGGUGUCUUUGACAGUGCAGAAAGUGUCUCAUUUUGUAUCUCAGGGUGAAUUUUGCCGUGUCUGUCAAAUAAAAACGUGAGUAGGACGCUGUUAAUAUUCAGAUUCGUGCAGCUGUUUUCACAGAAGCAGCAGAAGAUUGAUGAUGUUUCUCCAUUUUCAUCUCAAACAAGGCCGAUUCUCCCUCUCUGGUUGGUUUAAUUGAGGUCCAUGUUACCUUGUGCUUUUUAAAUGCAGAGUCAUCACAACAUGUCACUGUCAUGUCUGUAUCCUCACAUCCAUCUGAGGCCCAACACUGACCUCUUACAUCAUGUUGUAGAAACCAAACCAGAGUGUAAAUCAUCGAUAGAGGUGUAAACGGUUGAAUUUCAGCUCCAAAUGUGAUGUUUCACUUUGUUGAUGUUUGGAUGUUGAGUGUUGUGAGUGCAGCAGCUUGAGGUCAUCAUUGGUUUGAACACUAGAGGGUGUGUUCCUCCUGGGCAUGUUCAGACAUGAAGUGAUAGAGAGAGACAGUUAACGUAAUGUUGGCUUCUUGACUGGACAGCAGAAGAGUUCAUUGUGGCGGAGUGGAAAUCAACAGCUAAUCAACCCAUAGAUUUAUUUUGGUCCAUAAAGUCAAAGAAAAACACCAAAAAAGUCCAGUUGUAUCCCUCAAAUGUGUUGUCUUAUCUGCACUAUGAGGAUAACUUGCAAACCGAAAAUAUUUGCUCCUGAAAACGAACCGGUUAUUUAAGCUUAAUUUAAUUGAUAGGUUUCUGCAACAAGCUGUUAACAGGUUUAAAAGUGCAUGCUGGGAUUCCUACAUAACAUCUCUGUCGGUAGCUGCUUCCUCCAGAAUUAAAGAACCAGUCAGAUUAAAAGCACUGGCGGCAUAAUGUGACCAUGACUCAGCAUUUGCCCACGUCUCAGCUUCCUUCAUUUGAUAGGUGGGCUGAUUCGGCGCCGUUUAGGCCGAACAUUCAGUCAAUCCGCGUGUUAUCUGAGCUGCGUAUCUUGUUCAAUAAAGUGUAGGAGCACACACACUGAGAGGCUGGGUUCAGCCUGCACAUGCAGACAGAUUCAGUCACAUGACAUGUACAGUGUGACUCAAAACAGAGGCUGGUUGGGACAUGAGCGAAGAAAGGAAAUAACAGGCUGACAAAAUCGUGUCAGUCACAGCACACUGAGCUGAAUAAAGUCAUUAAAGGCUCAUUGACGUUCUCGUCUGGAUGUGUCGGUACUUUAGAGGAGACAAGAUGGCUGUAUGAUCAUAUGAGAAUGAUGUUUAGACUGACGCUGCGCCUGAUGUUUUGUUUUCAUUGCUGAUCUUUUUUACUAUUAUUGCUUACAGAGAAAAAAAAUGAGUUUGAAUUUUUUCAGCAUUUCAGAUAUCAGUAAAAAUCCAAUAUUCUGCAUCUUUAGCUAUGGAAGCAGCACAUUUAAAUACAGGUAAGCCGGCUUCACACUGAGGAUAAAAACAUGGAAAAUACAAUCUAUAAUCCGUACAUUCGAUAUGUACACCAAACAAACCACAUAGCAAUCAAACAGCUGAAAAUCAAAGGUUAGCAAGCAGCCAACCACACACGUAUUCAUAUGCUUUAAAAAUAUGAGAUUCUGGGUUUAGUUUGACAAGAAGAGACAUUCAUGAUGGACCUGAAUGCAGUUUGUUCCAGAGAGAAGGACCACAGCAACUAAAAACCCCUUUAACAGUCAGCAGACUCUCACCUGACGACCUGAGGGGUCAGAUCAGGUUGUGUUUUCUGUGAGCAAAUCAGAAAUAAACUGAGGAGCUGAAUCAUUGAGCGCUUUAUGGAUAGUAGAAAAUGGACAAUCAGGAGAAAAUUGAAAGUGAACAGGGAGCCGAUGAAGUGGUCUGAGAACCGGAGUGAUAUGUUCAAAUUAACUUAUGCGUGUCAGGACUCUUGCUGCUGCGUUCUGAAUUAACUGCAGCCGUCCUGCCGAGCGUUGGGGUCACCCUGCAUAGAGGGAAUCAUGGUAAUCAAGUCUGUUUGAAAUAAUGCACCGACAGUUCAGGGUAUGAACGGUCAUCUUUAACAAUCCCAAAAUGAUGUUUGUUGGAUUUGCAAGCUAGCUCUUUUAUGUUAUAUAUAAAAGUAAUGAAAGAGGUAUGAUUGGUUUGUCUAGCUGCUUAAGCAUGCACCCUGUUCUCAAUGCAGCAGGCAGUGGGUUGGACUCCCAGUUAGGCCUUCUUGUUGUGAGGUAAAUAAGCUACAAUACAUUCCCAUUUUUUUCUUCACCUGGCUGUAAACAUGUUAAUAUUGCAGUGAGAAUUAAGCAUGUUAACAUGUAUUAACGGUGUCUCCUGGACUUUGCAGCCAGCCUUGAGGAGCUGCAGAGUUUUGCAUCUUUUGUUGCUGAAGCAUCUGCUUGAUAAAGGAGAAUCUACAGGGAUAUAAAAGAGCUGAUUACCACUUAUUUAGGCUCCCCUGAUGUUUAAUAAAUUAGAUAAUCGCGUUGGUGGUUUAUUAUCUGAAUGUAAGGUGAAAAUUCAAUGCUUGUAAUGUUGUUCUAUUUCAGUUUAUUAAAUGAUCUACUCCCUUUCUACAGGCAAUAUCGCUGCUCAAGGUCUUGUAGUGUGGGUGAGCAUGUGUCUAAUUUAGUGCCGAGUGUAGGAUGCGUACUUGUGUUUUCUUUUAUAUGUUAUUGAAAGCAGAAAUGAUAGAAUAAUAAUCAUUCUUUUACUCCAUUUAGAGGUCAUGAAUCACAUAUAACAGCUGCUUGUUUAUUUACACACAGUUAUUAAUAUAAUUUUGGGUCAAAAUGUAAUUCGGGUAAUCUCUUAAUAUCUUCGCCUCUGUAAAAAUAAUUGUUGUUUUGACACAUUUUUAAAAAUGUAGGCCUAAUUUCCAUUUACGCUCCCAUUAGGCGCAAUUAAGCAGCACUUACUAUUUCUUUUUUAACUGACCCUAACAUGUCUUAUUCUCCUUUUCCCACAGGUGAUCUCCUGCAGGGGACCAACAGCUUCUCUCUAAGGUUUAUGGAAACCUGACCUCCCAUUGGUGGAGAAGGUGAGUCACACCUGUUCGCGCUAUCAUCUAAUCUGCAAAUCUGUUUGCAUGAUGCUGGUUUCACAGGUUUACCAAAAAGACCAUUACAGUCUUUUACGCUGACUCUUUUUAGGAACCUUUUGUAUAAUUUAUCAUGUUAAAUACACCACUUUUGGUAAUUAAUAGCUCUCUGUCAAUGCUGUAAAUAGUUCAUGAGGGUGUUCCGGCCCGCCAAUAAGCUAACCCGAGGACUGAGAGGGCGUUUUUGUCCCUCAUGUACGCUUUUAUAUUCAGAUUUUCUUUGUGUGCUCUACUCUGUGCAUGAUAAAUAUCGCAUGUAGGAUUUCAGGGCUAAUGUAGGGCUAUGUUACAGCACUCGAUAGGAAUAAUCUCUCACUUCUUGUCAUGCGAUUUCUGUUUUAAGAGUGGAUAUUUCCUUUACUGCCUGGCUGACUGAAGCUGUGUGUCACACCGGGGAGAAUGAUAACUCAGGAGUGGUUAUUGAUCUCCUCGUGUGAUCUCUUUGUCUUGUGUACAUUCUGAUAGAGGCGUGCUGCAGCGGGGAGGUAAGCAGCUGUUUGAUGAGCGCAGACUGGUGUUUGCACAUGCAGGAGGGCUCAUAAUCAGAACAUGAUAGCCCAGUUUAGAUGCAGGUUCUCCAGGGAGACUGCUUUGUUUAGGCUGAGCGAGAGCAGCGACAGAAGAAGACAGUGUGUUCAUACUGUAGCCAAACAAAAUAGGACCAAAUGUUAUCGCCAGCUUAUAGGAAAAGAUUGUUUUCUCAAAAGAGGGUUUGCAUGAAUUUACCUAUCAUUCUUAGUGUGAUAGUUACAAUGAAUGAUGGUCAGCAGGUUUAGGGAAACAGUAGAGUCCAGUCAUGUACCUCUGUGCAGGUUUGCAUUAAAACCAGUCUGAGUAAUGGUUUAUGUGGAUGUUUUAUUUUGCAUAAAUUCACCGCUUCAUCUUGGUGUCAAAAAAUAACUUCCUGUGGCACUUUUACAAUUCUACAAUGCUUAUAUUUCUCUGCAUGCAAGGCACUUAACAAAGGAAAUGCAGAAACAAUGUUGUCACCCUCACUUUCAGCUACAGUAUUAAGCUCUAGUGCUGCCACCACCAUUUGUCAGAGUUGUGUUCUGGUUAAUUUGACUUCCAUUACCAGCAUAGACAAGUGGAUAUUAUUCUGCAAGUUGGGCCAUAAGCUUUUGCUCAAGUAAAACUAAAAAGUACUUUAUUUGAGGUGUACUUCAGGUACUUAGUUUUAACUAUAUCAUAACAUGUCCCCCCUGAGACUUUGUAAAGGCACAUUUUCCCAAACUAAUUGUCGAAAUAUAACCAACAGCUUUCAUGCGUAAAAUGAUUUUUAAAUGCCAGGUAAAGGUUGAAGUUUUUGAAUAUUUUUGCAGCAUCUUCUGUCGGAAUUACUGACAGUUUCUGCACACUUUUAUCACGGAGAGGCUUUAUAUUACAAUCAAGCUAAACACGGACUUAAGCAGCAGCAGAAAUGUGAACAUUAACUUCUCUCAGGUCACCGUCAAUAUAGCACUUUAUUAAUGUUUACUGUUAAAUUUAACUUGUGUAAUUGUUUCACCUAAAUUUUGUUGCUGUAUUUAUUCAUUUAUGUCACCUGUAUUAUCCACUGUAAUGAAUUAUAGUAUUCAGUAUAUUUUAUCCUACACUAAAGCCUGACCAGGGACAAAGACUGCAAAUUAGGUGAAGCUAGACGUCUUGUAUGCAUCACAUUCUCCAUUUUUGCAGCAAUGUUGUAUGUAUUGUCCCUGUUAAAUAAAAUAAAACCACAGAAAAUCCAAAAGUAAAAACUUAAAUAAUUGUACUGAGUCUUCCAAUACAGCAAGUCAAUUUUUCAAGGAUUUUCUAUCAAGAUCAUAAUAAAUGUAAUGAGAUAAUUUGACCAGAAAUUUGCCAGAUUCACUCUGUCAGUUUUGAGUGUGUCAGCUGGCUGUCAGCAGUUGCUGGAAUUCUAGUAUGUUUUUCUCAGAUGCUGUGGAAAUGUAGCAGGAUACAAAGUUUUAACAAAAAAAAAAAAAAAAAAAAAAGAAUAAAAUUACAGGUUUAAAAAACUGAUUUAAAAAAAGUCCUAGCUCACAAAAAGCAGCUGAAUUACAGUCAUGUGAGGUGUUUUCACUCCUGGUACAGGACAAAAUCAGCAAAGAAACAUUGGGGUUAUCAAAACUAGCACAAAUAGACAUUUUCUGACUUUACCCUCGAAGAGCAAGUAGUCAAAUAAAAUGGAUCAUAUCUUAAACUGUGCUGCUGCUCUCAGUCAUUUUUUUUCUCUCCAUGGCCUAUAAAAUUCAGAAACAAGAGUGGUGAUGUUCUCAUUUCCUGAAGCCAGACUCAGAUUCUUCCCUGCGUCCUCCUUUUGCCAGAGAAGGAGGUUGCCCAGGCUGAGUGUUUACGCCUUCGGGUUGCUUCGCCAACUCUCACAUGGAAACAUUUACACCACACUUUAUUUAUUUUCCCUCUUUAUUUAACAACCACAGGCGCAGGAUUUGGUGGAUCCAUCCAUCCAUCCAUCCAUCACUGUCCGAGCCAAACUGGCUUCUGUCCUGAACACUCCUUUAAAUAGACACAACAUGUAAUGUAUGAGAAGUAUGGUUAGAAUAAAGAUAGCUGACAUUUUUGAUGCUGUCUUGUUCAUUAAAUGCUAAAAUCGGAUUAGAGUUUUGCUUUUAAGGCUCAGGUUGUGUCUUUAAACAGUCUAAUUGGUUGUCUCCUGUGAGCUGACUUUUACUGUUAAUAAGUCCGUGGUCCAGUUGCGAGUCCAUGUGUAAUCAGUCAGUUACUGGACCUAAAUGGCUUCUGGGUAUUAGAGGCGGGUAUAAAUAGGGAUGUAAGAUGAUUACAGUCUGGUCAUUUAGUUGACGUAUCUCUGGUCAAACUAUAGUUGUUGCUUGUAAUCUUCUUCUUGCAGUUUCAUGAAAUCAUUAUCAUAUUGAACAGACGUUAACUGCAUCCGCUCUUUCCAGAAGGACCUUUUUUUCCAUCUUAUACAUUAGCGUUUUGGCUGCGUCUUACAUGGAGAUAGCUUCUUCCUGUGGAGGUUGGCAGUAAUUAGGGAACAUGAGAUUUUACAUUCAUAGGCUUGUUGGCAUUCUGGCUCUAUGGAUGACAAUAUAAGUCAGCUGUUCAUUGGAUUUUGUACUUACAUUCCCGGUCCCAAGAGGAUUAACUAUUCUAGCUUUGGUGAUCCUCUGACUUUUCACAGAGCACAAAUAUGAGUUUGGUAUAUAAAUUAUAAAACAAAAAUGAUAUAGGAGUAUUAGAUGGGUGACCAAAUGGCACAAAGAUUCAUGUUCUCCUGAGGAUGAAUUGCAAGAACUUUUUAUAUUACAUCUGCCUUCUGCAAGUUAAUGUACAAAUUUAACCAGGAUGGAACAGCAUUUCCAUCCGUCUUAGCUGAAUUUGGGGUAUAGCGCCAAUUAGCAUGGAUAGCAUGCUAGUCAGGGGCAGGCCCAGGAGGCGAAUUUUUUUUUGUAGGAUUGUAGGGAAUGUCCCGUCCUCUUUCGCCUCUGAUUGGCUAGAAGUGCUGGGCUCCGAUUGGCUAUUCCUUAUGGCUGUGAAACGUCAUCGUCUAUCGGGUUAGGGUUAAGAUUAGGGGUAGGAGAUUCAGAAGUGCGAUAAUGUUCUGUAAUGUUCUGUUCAAUGUACAGAGCCGACAGCCCACGUUUGGCUUGAGCGUGUGAUGAUGUUUCCAGCCUUACUGGCCAAUCAGAGGCCAAUCAGAGGCGAACAUUAUCUCACCUCUGAAUCUCCUAACCCUAACCCUAACCUAACCAAACAGACUAUGACGUUUUACAGCCACAAGGAAUAACCAAUUGGAGCCCACCACUUCUAGCCAAUCAGAGGCCCCGGAGGUGAAAUUUUUUUUGUAAGAUGUUAGGGGAAGGUCCCGUCCUCUUUCGCCUCUGAUUGGCUGGAAGGGCUGGGUUCCGAUUGGCUAUUCCUUAUGGCUGUAAAACAUCGUUGUCUGUCGGGUUAGGGUUAGGCGAUAAUAUUCUGUAAUGUUCUGUUCGAUGUACAGAGCCGACAGCCCUCCUUUAGCUUGAGCAUGUGAUGAUGUUUCCAGCUUUUCUGGCCAAUCAGAGGCGAAGGAGGACCUUCCCACAAAAAAAAAAAAUCACGCCCCAGAGGUUGCAUAGGGUAACCACUAUCCCCUUAAACUGUGAUAGCCCCCCUCCUUUUGCCAACCCAAAAUGCUCAACUAUGAUUGGUUAAUUGCAUUGCUAGAGACUCUCUGUGUGUAUCUGUAUCUGAGGCAGAGGUUUGAAGCCCAUAGGUAGCAGUCACUGCAUCGACAAUGCCGACUCAGCCUCACUUUCAGCUGAUAGCUUCCUAACAGAAAAAGCUAUAGUGUGCCCGCCUGCCGGUUGAGUCAGCAAUGCAUCUGAUUUUUCCAAGUCAGCAACCUCAAUAUCCUUGAAAUGAAUGUCUUUGAGAAAAUCUACUACUUGCACAGUGUCAGUGUUUGCCAUUUUUUGGUUCUGGAAAGAGGCUUUAUUGAAUGAGUGUGUAUGUGGUUUUCAGGACCUCUGCUGUCAGCUCAAAGCAACCAAUUAUCAGCACGACCACAUCAGCUUCAUUUUUCAUGACCAAAAGAUGCCGCUUAGUUACAGGCAGCUAGAAAUAUUCAAUUUGACAUAUUUCCUUUUGUGAAUGCUUUUAACUGUGAUUUAAAUCAAAUAUUUUCUGUCCAGUUGUAAUUCAGCUAUCACUGGAUAACCUAGAAAAACAGUCCAUGAAGAGCAAAAGGGAAAAAAUGCAAUCCUGGAGGCCAUUUUUAAUUUGAUCUACACAAAGAGAAACAUGAACAAGUCCAGACGUUUUUCUUGUUUUAAUCAUUAUUUAGUGGUCUCUCCUUUUCAUUGAUUCCCCUUUCCUCACUUCAUCCUCAUAAUUUCAAACACACACACUGGCACACACACACACACAGGCGAUGUGUUUCAAGGCAGCCAAUCAGUAUUCAGCGCAGCAUCAGGCAGCUGAACGGGAAGAAGGCAAAGAGCCAGUGUGUUUGGAGAGCAGCAUUCCCAGAUUGACUGUUGCCUUGCUCAUUUUUCUCCCUCCUUCUCUCUCCCUCCUUUUUUUCCCACUGUCUGCAUGGACACAAGGAAAAACUGGAGUGGAACCAGAGCCCCCCUAUCCUCUCUUCUCCAUCGAACAGCCACUGCUGCAUGUCUGCAGUUCAUUUCUUCAUCAACAGCCAUCACAAUAUGUCUCCCUCCUCCCCCUCCUCCUCCUCUGCUCCUCUCUGCCCUCCCCUGGCUGAAUUUUUUUCCCCUGUCUUUUCUACACUGUCACCAGGAGGCUUGUGGCUAGAGCUGGGUAGUUACGUAACCACUGCAGCAGCGUGCAGGACGCUGUGUUAAAUCAGGACUGAGUCCCAAUGUGUGUGUUUGUGCUUAUAGGUGAUGUCUAUUGUUAAAUGUAUGUUUCUACUUAGCAGAAAAAAAUGGAGGAAGGAUCUUUCCUGAACAUUCAGAUGGUCUCUCUGUUUGUGUCCCUUUGUUUGUUUACAGCUGCUCAUGAUCUGUCUGUGUUUACCUGUUCUUCAAGAGGGACAUUUGGUCUGAAUCUACACAAAGUGUUCAGCAUGUUUGGUUCAGGAGAGCAGCUGUGAUGAUGACUGUGGAUGAAUCAGAAAGAUGUAAAGAGUCGGCCUUUAGCCAUGUUUGUGGAUCAUGCCUAAGCUAAAAUGCUGUUGUACUUUUGCAGGCUUAACGUUUACCAUCUCCUCCAUUGUGCAUUCAAACAUGAUUAGUUGUUAUAGAACAGCUGAGAGUGGUGGUACUGUAGUUGCUUUUGCUUUUUUGGGUAAUUUGACCUUUGAUUUGAUGAUGCAACUACGCUGAAUAUCAGAAAAACCUUAAAAGAGGGGCUGCAAACUCAAACAGGCUCAGGGCCACUGUUUGUAAUGUCACCACAAAAGAGAGGCCACUUCAGAUAUCAAGUACUACGAAAAAAGAGACAUAUUUCUGAAAAUAGAAUUAUAUAUAUCGUGGAUUAUUUUUUCACACUUAACGGAAAAAACUCCAAGGAUGAAUCUUCAGCGGUUAUAGUCCUUCAAAACAUGACUCUUUCCUUAUGCAGGCAGUGAUAUCACUCAACUCUGCUCUGACAAACUCCAAGAACCUGACCUUUAGCGCCUUAAGCUUUUGGCACGUAGAGGACAAAACAAGCGAAGACUGCUUUGUCCACAAGGGGGUGCCAAAACUGACACAAACUGAAGGUUUUUCCUUCCUUACAGGAGCUUUAAAUGAUGCUUCAUUGUGUUUUUAUUUUUUGAAAAUUAAUUCUGUAUGAAAGGAGCUUGAAAAAAAUAAAAAAAACAUAAAAAAUCAGCUAAACUAGACUCCUGCCUUAAAAGUAAGUAAAGUUCAUUUUUGGUCAUUUGUUUAAUUGUUGAGGAGAAAAAACACAGAGAAAAAAAAACAUAGAGAUCUAUCUCAUGAAGGUGUUAGAGGAAAAUCCAGUCUCUGAAUUGGGUCAGAAUUAUAUUCCUUAAACCAUGAUUGUCUCUUUCAGUACUAAAGAAAUAGACAUUCCCCCCAAGAGCCAUGCAAGUAACGAGGAACAAUAGGUUCAGUAUCAGCAUUAGAAAGACAGAUACCAGUCUGAGGUCAGAGACUGUUUUUUUUUCCCCAACUGCUUCUUAUAAUUUCACACAAAAUCGUCGACCUUUCAGGGACAGUUCAGUCAGAAAGAAGUCAGAGCUCUGUGGUUGCCUCAAAUGCUGCAUAUACGAUUCAUAACCCUCUUUGUCCUGUCCACACUGCAUAAACUCAAAUCUGAGCAGGCGUUUUUGUCUUAUUUCUUGUAAAAAAAUGUCAUCAAUUUCAGCCACUUUUAGCUGACAAGUCCAGAAAAAUAUCUAAUCUCAAGAUAUUAUACACCAAAAUAGGACCAGGGUUACAAAAACUGCAAAUGGGAUAAAAAAAAAAAUAAAAAAAAAAUAAAAAAACAAACUUGAAGUUCAUGAUCAUGUUCAAAUCCUGGCAGAUUUUUGUACUUAUUACAACUCAUUUUAAGCCUAAUUGGACUUUUUCAAAACUAAAAAGAAGACACAACCUCUUGUUUAGAUCUGAUUCUUUGCUGAGCACUAGAUUCACUGAGUGUUCUUGCUCAUAGUAGUAUUCUUUUAUUUAUUCGUGGUUCAACACACAGUUCCAUGGCCAUCCAAGAGUUGAAACUCCUCCAACAGUCGGUUACCUUAGUGAAAAGAUCCAAAUAAAAAAGACGGUGUACUAAUAGAGGGAUGCCUCUAUUCACGUCUGCACAGUGCUUUAAUUUGUAGUAAUAGUUGUAAACAAGGUUAGAGAGACAGUGAGUCAUGUCAUCAGGGCUGUGGCUCAUUGAUUGAUCUGCCUGAGCAGCUCAUUAGAUGAUGUUUUUCAGCCCCCUGUUGCUACUUAAAUCAAGAACAACUACUAUUAAAUUACCUACUGUCCUCUAUUGUGUUUCGGAGCUGUUGCAGCACUUCCACAGAGCAUUAAAACCAUCAGCCAAACACUUUCCUAGUGCAGGAAGACAUUCGAGGUCACGGAAAGGUAGAGAGGCAAAGUCAGAGCUUGUGUGCAGAGUAGUUGGAGAGAGGGGGAGUAGAGAAACAGAGGCUGCUUAAUGUGAAAUGCCAAGACCUGUCACUGUGUGUCUCAGGAGUUUUGUUGAGUUAAAAGGAAGGAGUUUAACUUUGGUAUUGUAGUUUCUAACUUUGAUAGACUCCGAGCAUGCUAAUGGAUUUUGACUUUUAUGUCAGUUUACCAAAGUGACGCUUGUGAAACUAAGAUAUCAGCAAUUUUACUCGACUUUUCAUAUUCAUUUGUGAGGGUAGAGAAGUUUCUGACCUCCUGAUUUUACCUUCAGCACCACAACAGCUUUUCAUGAAAUGUGAUACAGACAAUGAUACUUUCCUCAGGGACUAAAAGACACGUCUUUUCAUCGAGCACAGAGAUCCAGGUUUAGCUAUUUUCUUAUUUUCUGUCUGCUCAAUUUGCAAAUCUAGUGACAUUUUCAUCCACCUCUGAGGUAUUUGUGUCUCAUUAAGCAAAUGUCGACAGCUAGUCUCAAAAGGAAGAUAACAAUGAGUCAUUAAAAGGAGGCCACCAUGCUGGGGUUAGCUUUUAGCUUAAAUAACAGUUGCAUGUAAGUUUAGCCUCACAGAGCUGCAGGGAUUGGGUUCGACUAAAUCAUCCCUGAACUGACAUAUUACAUAUUCACAGUUUUAUUUUCUAUUGAUUAUAAUAAAUAUUGAAUAAGUAACAGUCAUGUUGCAGCUUUUUUUCUAUCUCUCAGUUUUAUUCUUUAAUCAAAGUUGAUUAUAUGACCCUCUAAGUCAGUGGUUCUCAGCUGGUCUCACUCUGGGACCCACAUUUUCCCAUGGUCCUUAAGUCGUGACCCACGACAAGACCUUUAAAGACUCUAAUCUUUAACAUAAAUCCACUUGUUUUAUUGAGUAAAGUGCAUUUCAGAGCACAUGAAGAAGACAACAUGAGGACGGCAACAUCAAAUAUUUGCUUUUUUGACCAGCUGUCCGUGACCCAUCCAGAACGUGUCUGCGACCCACUUUUGGAUCGGGACCCACCAGUUGAGAACCACUGCUCCAAUUGGCUUUACUAUUUUGUUAUCAGUUUCAUUCAUGCACUAUAACAGCCUGUAUAUGUCGAUUUUCUCCUGUCAAAUUAAGUUCUAAAUCAUUAUUUCACUUCUUCAUAAUGAUUUAUGAACCUUUGCAAAUGUAUGAAUGUUCUCUAUAAGAGCAUUUCAACCCUCUGGUAAUGCUGGACAGUCCUCAAAUCAAACAAAGAAUUGAAGAUUGCCCUGAAGUGCAAAUAUUUUAUGUGCUGUCAGGUGACGGGCGGCCUCGUGCUCCAUCACUUAACCUGCUCCACGUGACCUGUAGCUGACCAUGACCUCUCUAUUCCUCCAGAGAGGAGAACAUUUCACAUUUCACCAGCAGGACCUGAUAUAAAAUUAAUGCUUCCGUGGUCUUUUUUAUUAUUUACAUCCCAGCACUUAUCAAUUAUUGUGUGGUCUGUUGUUGCGGGAGCUGAGCGGCAGCACACCUUGCUGAAUCACACACAAAAAAAAGGUUUGGAUGUAAACAGGCUGCAGGAAAAGGAGGACCCCUCCACCCACCAUCCAAACACAGAACAAACAAUGAUGCAGAAACCUGACUCUCUUGCAGCAGAGAUAGUCAUGAUCAGAUGGCUGAGUCAUCCUGCACUUGUUUUCUUGAAAUCUUGACCCACACAUCCUGCACAGGCGAAGAGAGCUGUGGUCUCUGUGGACUUGGUUGCUAUGUUGCAAUAUCCGAUCGGCGUUAUACCGUAGAGUAACUGUAGAUCUGAAUGAGAUGAGUCUAUGAGGAGAUAAAGAGAUCUUAAUUAGCAGAAUAUAGGAUACAGUAUUUUCAAAGUUUCUACAGAUUACAAGAGACGUCUCUAAGGUCCCAGAAAAAGAGCAUGAAAUGAUGUGUUUUAAAUAGUUAUCCAUUUUAAUCUCUUUGUCUUUUAACCUUUUAUUACAGAGCAUUAGUUGUUGGAUCCUCUCAUUUGUUUACUGAGUUUUUUAAUCAUUUCCUCCGAACCUCCCACACCCUCUGAGGCCCACAAGUGUAAGACUCAAUAUAAAGGUCAGAACUUUGUUUUCUCUUAGUACCUGCUCCAUUAAUUAUCUCACUACCGCAUUAGUUUAUCAGAUGGCCCCUGCAUGCUCUUGUUACACCACACUUUGCUUUGUGAUACUGCUGCGCAUCAGUAUUAAUACUGAUUUUUAUAAUAUUUUAUCUGACGUAGAAGAAAAUAUUCUGCAUGCACUGUAUAAUUCUAAAACAAACUUGUAGUCUAUGUGAUGAUGAGAUCAGAUAAUCAGAAAUUCAUUCUCCCUGAAGACCAAAGUGAUCAGCAUCUUCUCAACAUUCAGUAUGCGUUAGGACUCGAGGACCUUCCUGGCUGUCAUGAUAUCAGAUAUCAUCUUAUAGUUACUGUUGUCAUAAAAUGUCAGAAUCAUAUUAUCCCAACAGUCAUGAAAAUAAAGUAACACAAUCAGUCAACCUUAGUGAAGGUAAGCCAAGGGAGGAGUUAUAAAUUACCUUAUAAACUUAACUAAAAACACGACCCCGUUACAUUUCAUCAUUCUUUCUAAUUUUAUUCAAAUUUAUGUUUCAUCCACAUCAUCACCAGUUCUGAGACCAAAACUUAUUUAGAGCAGACACUGACCUAAAAAAAGAGUUGCAUGCUUUUAUUUUGAUAUUUUUUCAAUCUGGUGUUAAGUUUGCUUUGUUUCCUGCAUGGUGAAACUAUGCUUUUAUUUUGAAGUUAACUACUUCUAGUCAAUCAGAACUGAAAGUAAAGUUACAUCAGCAGUUAGGGAGUACAAGUGUUGACUGAUUGUUUUUGGAAUCACAAUGAAUCUCGGAAAGUCCCUUUUUUUUAAGGUGCUUAAUCGUCUCUCAAAAGGUGCUGCAGGUAUCUUGCUAGCAAGCUUCUACUUCCUCGUCUGUGUUCCCUUGAUAGACAUCUGGCCCAGCAUAAAGAGUACUACUUUAAACCCACAGUGUUACCCUAUGAUUAUCUUCAGCCUGAUAUCAAUGAUUAGAUUUUUUUAAAGACUGUUCCAGUAAAUGCCGGUGUAUUGAGACAGCCUCACUCUGAGGGAUAACAUGACUCAAAUUGGAUAGCACAUGGUGACUGUUCAUUGGGGGUUCAGCGUCUCUGAGGUAGAGCUUUCCUCUGCAGGUUUUGCCUGAUCUAAUGCUGAAUGCCUCAUCAUCUGCAGGGAUUCAUUUUAGUAUAAAUAUUCGACCUCCCUAUGGAAACUUAUUUUAAACCUUUGUAGUUGCUAUCUUGAGUUGUCUGUAGGUAAUGACCAACAGUAGAAAUCAAGCCAUUAUUUAUACUUUUGUCCAUAUUCUUUCAAAACUCAGCAGUUUCAAAGUCCUUUCAUACACCGGUCUACAUUUAAAGCUGUUUUAGGUGCUCCCCUCUGUUUGGAGGGCUUAUUUUCAGCUAAUGUAGGGGAUAGGAGGAACAUUAGGUGCUUUUAUGCAGACUCUCUGUCUGGAUCAACAUGUCGGUUCAAAUCUGACUCUCUUUCUGUAUGCCCCAGUAAGCAGUAAAGAGGGCUCCCUGCACAACACGUCCAGCUGAUAAACACAAGAGCACCCUCACUCUUUUCCAUCACUGCUUCUCCUUCAACUCCCAUAUCUUUUAUUUACUGCUUUGCUUCCAGUUACUGGGCCUUCUCCUCUUCAUCACUCUCUCUUGUGGUUCAGUGUGCUCUCACACUUCACAAGUUCCUUUGUGUGUAUGUGUGUGUGUGCGUGUGUGUGUGUGCUGCAUCUUCCUCUUGUCCAGAGUCCAGAGUGUCGGUCACAUGUCCAGUUUAAUGACGGCCUCGGCUGUUACGAUGUGUGUGAAGUCUGCACAAGGCUGCUCUGUCUCCUGGCAACAUCCAACAGCCUGCACUGUGGGAUGAAUCACAUCUCUGUCCUGAUGUGUUCAGCUGCCGUUCUGCCCCUAUGGCUCUCCACAUACCACUCUGGAACAGUCUGGCUGUCUCACAUGCUACAUGUUACACCCUGACCCCACCGCAGACUCUCGCAGCCUUCGUCCUCUCUUCUCCUUUCCUGUCAUGACCCUCCCUGCCUCCAUCUCAAUCUCCAUCAUUGCAUCCACCCCUCUUUCCUUCGCCGUAGCUGUUUCCCCUCGCUCAUUUCUUAUGAAAAGACCUCCCUCUGCCUCUCCUUGUGUGUCCUUUUUCUCUGUCGGUACAAAAGGAAAGCAUGCUGUGCAUAUCAAAUAGAAUCCGCCAUUAUCAAAAUGCAUCAAACAGCAGCUACUGUAUAUGAAAAUAACAGCUGAGGGCUUGACAGGCCACUUUAAUGCUACCACGUAUGGUGUAAUAGAAGGACCUACAGAGAACAGAAGCCAGACUCUUAUAAAUAAUAAUCAUAUGAAAAGGAUUGUAGCAUUUAAAUGUAGAAGGAAAAAAAAAGCAUUGAAUAAAGUCUAGACGGCAGGCAGGGUCGAAACUUGUAAAACAUACUGUAAAAGCAGAAAGCCUUCAACAGCUAGAGCACAGUACAAAGAAAAACUGGCACAAAUACAGAGAGGGAGAAAAGUCUCCAUUCACAGAGAAAGUGAAGCUAAUUAGACACAGGUGUACCUAAUCAGGCAGAAGUAAAACUAAUCAAACACGUGAGAAGAACGGAGGUGGCGCACACAUCAAACAAAGAGGAAACACACAGCCAGGAAGGAAACUUAGUGCUUAUUCAUGGACUAAAAAACUAGCCAGAGUUGGAUUUAUAAUUAUUAAGUUUGAAAUGUUGACGAGCAACUUUUUAGUUUAAGUCUUUUGGGACUGUUAAAACAAGAAUCAAAACUGCAAUUUGCUGAAUUUCAGCAGUCAAAGCAACAGUCAGGAACUUGGUGGCUAGUGCUGUGGCUACGACCCUAUAUGUACUGUUGAUGAAGUUAGGUGCUGUUCUGAGUACUAUUUGUGGCUAUAGAGUGGCGUUUUGGUUGAGGUUUGUUUAUGGCUCCUCAGACCUCUAUGUAUUGCUAUCAUGCGGUAGUUACUCAAGUUGGUAUAAUUAAAGAAGCAAGCGGUCAGCAACAUUCAUCUCUGGAGGGGGUUUCUAACUCAGUGUUACGGUGUGUUUGACCCUAAAUUAAUUUUACACCCGAAUAUCCCUUUAAGUAGUGACCUUUGAUGAGAAGUAUUACUCUGCUGAAUUUAGACUGUUCAGUGAUUAAUUCAUUGUGAAUAGGAGGGAAACAACUCUCAAGUGUUUUGCCCAAAGGUCUGCUGGUUUCUGUGAUGGGGUUGCACCUGUAUGCUCAGCUAAGAGAUGGAAGAUGAUGCACAAAAUGGGGUGAAAAUGUAAUUUUGUGUAUUUUAUUACUUCUGACUUAUAUACUGAGCUUCUGACAGUUUUCGUUGAAAUGUGCCGUUCAAGAGCGCCAGGGUGUUAUUUUCCAUUAUAGACGCAGCUGCAGCUUGGCUAUGGUGUGCUGAAAAGGAGAAGGUAGCACAUGGUUAGAAACAAAUAAUGCAUUAAUAUUUAACAUCAAUCUCGGAAACAGUUUAAUAUUUUUUUCCUAUUUAUUUACCUUAGACUAGUCAGUGCCUUGAAAAAGUAUUCAUACCCCUUGAAUUUGUCACUCUACAACCACAAACUUAAAAGUAUUUUAUUUAGAUUUUUUUUCAUAGACCAACACAAAGUCGCACAUAUAUGCGAAAUGGAAUGAAAAUGAUACCUGGUUUUCAAAAAUGUAAACAAAUAAAAUUCUGAAAAGUUUGGUGUGCAUUUGUAUUUAGCAAAAUAAUAUGAUAAAAUGUGAAAAAGUUCAAGGGGCAUGAAUACUUUUCAGGGCACUGUAUACACAUGUGAGUACUUUAAAUUUAAAUAUAUGCCAGUAAACUAAAUUCCCUUUGUGAUCCUCGGUUUCAGAUCGGUGUUGUUAAUCAGCAUCUCCUAACAAACAUUACAGUGCUCUACAUUACAAAGUGCUCAUUCUUAAUUCUGUAAGGUAGGUUAUCUAAUCAGCCAGGACAAAAUGAGCUUGAUAGUGUGCAGGAGUAAAGUUAGUUCAUCUCUCUGAAAUCUCCUUACUGUAACAAGCUUACCUGUUAGUUGUGGUUCCCAUUCAAGGCUUUAAAUGUCUUGUCAACUUUGGACCCUCUGACUGUGUCAAGAACACUCGUCUCCUUUGAACCAGAGGUUUCUUUUAACCUCCUCAGCAGGUUUUAUGAAUAUCAGGCAUUAACAGCAUUUACGAUAUUGCUGCAGUCUCAGGAGGGGACUGCUGUGCGUGUGUGGAGUGAAGUUUUGAUAAAUAGAUAUCGGGAAACUCCUCACUUGUCAAAUUCACACAUAUACUAAUCCACAUGUCUCUGUGCAGAAGUGUUGAUCACAGCUGAAUAUCAAAGUUACACAUCAUUCUCUCUACUCUGUCUCAGUGUUUCAGUCAUCCUAUCCUCUUCUUUGCUCUUCUCCCAAGCUAGCACCCUCCCCCUCUAAAGCUAUUCAAGUGGCACACUGCAGGAUUAUCCCUCAGCCUCUGAGACACGCUGGUUCUGUCAGACUUAUCGUCUUCGCUGGGUUCACUCUUGCCACAGAGGUUAAGGCUGCAAAAACACUUUUUUUUUCAUGAAGUAACUCUAAAGGAAAUAAUCGGACUGCUAUUUGUGCAUCCACAGGGAGUUACCGAGGAGUUGUGUGUUUGGUUUUUAAAAUUGUGGGAUUGUUUUUUUUAAUUUUUCAAUUAUGGAGUCAACAAUGGUGAGUGAAUGUGCAGAGAAAUGUUACUAACUAAUGUGCAAAAGUUUUAAGUGUUUUGGUUUGUCAGUUUCAGACAGCAAUACCGCCUCUGUGAUCACAACAGACUCCCAAAAGACUGAAAAUUACAAAAGUAAUGGUUUUGACAGCUGCAAGUGCUUUGGCGAGUUGAGUGGGCUGUUAACAGUUUCAGACUGAAAGAUACGACCACGUAGACAAACGUGUUGUUCGCAGACCAAACAUUUCGUCUCACUCAGGCUGUAUGGACUGUCAUGGAUUCUUUUGAUGUGUUUGUUUUGUCUGUUUGUCAGACAUAACCUACUUUCCCCGUCCGUCAUUUUAUUAUACUAUUUGUUUUGCGAGAAACAUAAGAACCAGCGCUGUGACUUUCACAACAGUGAAUGGACCGGGGAAUAGGAGGUGUGUUCACAGCCAUUGAGGUGGAUUAACCUCAAUAGCUAUGGAAUAAGCCCUUCUCCACAAUGUUUACCACUCCCAAUUCCCCCCACCCUGUUCUACCCCAGGGGGCACAUGACAGUCACCCACAAUGGACCAAAAGUGAGAAUUCAUUGUGUUUUCUCUCUGACAGAGUAACGUGAGCCUGACUUCAAUGUUCACAUUGGCCCUGGAAAUGAUGAAGUGUGUCAGUUCUUUUGAAGCAAAUGAAUGUUUUCGAAGUUAAUUAUGUUUGCAAAUUUACGUAUAUCUAUCAAGGCGAUGUAGUUAUUGCACUGCAGUCUACUCCGAGAUUUAAUCAAAUGUCUGAUGUGCUAUCGAGGAAUAAUCAUGUUAAUCCAACUUCCUCCCAAACAUCAUCAAGUGUGAGUUGGUGUAUGUGUGUGAAUUAAGUUAAAUUUGUCUGCUGGAGUCUUGGGUUUUAUUAUGAGCUUUGACUCUGGCAUUGUGCCGAAGCUUAACCAGCUUUGAUGUGAAUAGGUGUUGUAGUCACGGAUGCAGACACUACAUGGAGGACUCUAAUGAUUGGCAGGUAGCUGGUCCACUGGUGUGGGUUUGUUGCUGGGAUUAAGGUCUGCUACUUUAGGGCUGCUUACCUGCGUGAGGCCUUCUUGUAUUAAAUCUGAGUUUUCUCUUCUAUGACUUUAAUUUUUUUUUUUUUUAGGGUUGUUGGAAUAAACCGCUCACUUUUUGUCUACAAAGUUUGAAUUUCAGACAAUUGGUGCCUUAAACUUUUGUAAUUUUUUUAAGAGCAUCAGUCCGUUUCUUAUCUUGCUGUGUUCCAUUGUAUUGUAUCGUACUGUAUGUAAUGGGUCUCAGCACCAAACGCACAUCAUCUUCAGAGGUAGCUUAAGUAGGAAAGGCUAAUUCCUGAUGGAAAAGUUCAAAAUUUUAGGAAACACAUAGAAGCUGACAAAUGAUUGUCUCACAGUAAACAUAGAGCAGCAGCCAGUGGCCAUUUAGCUUAGCUUAGCAUUGAAAACAAGAACGUUUUUUUGGCUCUUUAGAUAAAGCCACAAUUGCCUGCCUAGUCUAAGUUGCUAAACUGAGCAAGUGUUCACUAAAAUCAAAUCAUUUCUCUGUAGCUAUAACUUUUCAUUUACACUGGCUAAUUUAUGUCCUGCUUUGAGUGUUGUUGGGGUUGAGUCCAUUUCCUUAGAGGUCAGUGUGGUAUGACCUCUGUCAAUGCUAAUCUGUUCGGUAGGUUGUGUGGAAAGCUCAAGGAGUGAAAUGAAGCAUAAGCAUCAAUUUGACAUGGUAAACCGGGUAAAGCAAGAAGUUGAUUACUAAAAUUAGCUUUAAUUUGACUGAGGCUUGGAAAACUUGAAUAUCCUGAGUCCAUUUGCAGUAUAGCUCAGAAAAUACAAGCACUUCUAAACACAUCAAACAAGACGAAAAUCUGAAAUAAUUCACAGCGACUGUUAGUAGCCUAGUAUUGAAUUUUACCCACUGCAAACAAAACAGACCAAGAAGCCUGUCUAUUGCAGGUGUUGUUGAUGUUUGAUGCUAGCAAAGGGAUAUUAAAUAUGUUAUAUACUACUUUUGUGGCUAACGUUAGCAUACUUAGGUAGACUGAUAUUUGAGAUGGCUGAAUGCUGACACUGUCAUAACCGUGUGAUGGUAGCUUUGCAUUUACCAUGUGUUGGUAUUUAUUUAAAUUAUUGGUUUUGGCAGAUGUUCAAGUGGAUUUUCCCUGUCGGCUUCUUGUUGUUAGUGAAAUAGAGAAGUGUCUACAGCACACCAGUAAGGCUCCACUUUUAAAAGGCCCAACCUUGAAGCACAUUACUAGCUCAUAGCAGCUUGAUUUCACAGAAUAAUAAACCCAUUUUGGUCCAUUUUGCUAGUUUUUGUAUACUCCAUGUUUGUGAAUUUUCAUUGAACUCCCUCUCUGAAGUUUUCUUGUUGUGCAUAAGGAGGGGUGUGUUGGCUUUGAGUGACUGUUUGGUCCUGCUAGCUGUUUGCCAGGUAUCAACACAACCAGUCCAGUCACUGAACUUCACCUCGUAGCCAUAUUUGUGUUGUAAGAGCCUUUAGGGAUUUCUUUUCAUGCAAAUAUUGGACAUGUAAUGUGGCUUGCUGUGCGGGUUCAUUGUACAAACUAGAAGUUUAAGAAGUCUGCGCUCCAGCUUCCCGGUGAGUAAGAAUAAUCAUGCCAGUAAUACCUGACAGGUUUUGAUGCCUAUACUCAAUUAUGUGACUUGCAGGCUUGUGUAGUGGUUGUAUUACAUUAAUAUUUUUGUGAUGGAAAGUGCAUAUGACUCAAGAUUUGUGUGGAAUUUCUCAGUAGCGUUUAGCCGCUUUAAAAAGAACAUAAAUUGCUGUGGACCACUUUGCUGCUGAUCUCUUUGCAAAGGAGAGGCUCAAGGUGUCUCCGUAUCAGACUUUGAUGUUGAAUCUGCUAAAUCAUGAAGUACUACUUUAGCAUUUUCUCUUCUGUAAUCACUUCAAGAGCUUCGUCUGUUAAGAGCCCUGUAGACUGCAGGGAUGGCUGUAACCAAGGCCUUUGAUAACACAAAGCUUGGCUGAGAUAGUCGAUGUAGAAACACACUAACUGAGCUAGAAUAGACUGACUGUUCUUCAGCUGAGGCCAGAAAACAAUAAUUCUGGGUACUUUUGUUCCUCUGUUAACCUCAGAUGAGUUGACCCUCUGUGAAAAAAAAAAACAUUAUGUCUCGAAGGAGCUGCUUCUAAAAUGACUCUCCCUCUCCGACCUGACCUUUUACCUCCACUGCAUCUUAUUUUUUGGAGGACAUUUAUGUCGUCGAAUUGCAUCUUCGGAAAGUGAGGUCAGGCCUGCUGAAAUGAGCCUAACGCGGAAAGUCAUUUUUCAUGACUCAUUCCAGGGAUGAAGGCUAGUGCAGAAACGAAUUUGCUCUUGUGUGUGAGGGGAAGUGAAAGGGUGAAGCACAGCACAGAGGGUGCUGGAAAUGUUCGAACAAAACGCUCCUUGAUGCAUAAGACUGUAAAAUGCAGACUGAGCGUAUUAUCUGAAAUGACCACAAGUUAUCAUUCGGCAAGAACGCUUAAUUUGCUCUGUUCCUGAUAAGAACAAAUCACUACAUUGUGCUCUAAUGGGACAUUUUCUCAAACUCGUUUCAGUUAAAAUAAAGUUGGACUGUAUGCAGAGUUUGUUAGAAACCACAGUCGCAUACAUGCCAUUUUUAAGAUCAGGAAAGCACGUCUCGGCUCAGAUAUUAUUAACACAACCUUAUUAAUCAUGUCACAGACUCUAGUGCUCCACCAAGUUGGUUGUUGCAGGGCAAUAAAGACCUCUCCGUCAAGAGAAAGCUAUUAGUCAUGUGAGCAAAAUGGAUUAGGCUUCAAACAGAGGUCAAUACCAAUAUAGCAUCCUGCAGUCUCCUCUGCUUUAACCAGGGUGGUAGGAUAUCGACAAGAAGUCAAGUAGAUAAAUAUAAAUCACCUUAAACGCUGGAGGAAACCCAGCAACAACUGUGGUCAAUGGGGUUUACAAAGUAAAAGUAAUUAAAGCAUAUUAUUUAAGGACACUAUUAAGUUAAAAAUCAAUAUAUUGAUCUUUCUAUCCGUGCUUUUUCAGGAUUUUUGGGUUUGCAAUUACAAAAUCCCCUUUCCCCCCUUAAAUUGGAUGAGCAAAUCUAUCUAAAAGGCAUUUCUAUUUCCACAGCUAUGAUAAAAUAGACACUAAAUUGACGAGUAUGAAACAAUAAACACGCUCUGUACACUAAAAUAGCAAGAACAAACAUGACAGGCAAAAAACACACAGGCACAUAUUUAGUAAUGUUCACAAGGAGAUUAUACUACUGUGCACACAAGAUGCAAUAUGGACUUCUUGGUUGCACGGUUAAACAUGUGCUCUGUGUGUGUCUCUCAGAUGUAAUGUGUCAGAGGAGUGUGUGUCUGCCCCGUGGAUGGAUUCAGGGUCAGAGCUGUGUGAUGGUGGUGUGCUCCACUCUCUCUUGCUAUUUUUCUAGGACACACCACUAUAAGAAGCUCCUUCUUAUUCCUCAGGGCACAGCAGCACUGUAUGCAUUGAGAGGAGCAGACUAUUUUUAUCUCAUUAUUAUAAACGUCUCGAAUAGAAACCUCACACUGCACAGUUACCUCCUGUAUGCAUAGGAAAAUGGCUACAUUGCUUUCUCGUACAAUGUUUGGCAAUGUCUCCCACUGUGCUGCUUUGUCUGUGUGUUUGUGUAAAUAAUGGAAAGCUGUCUGACGUUGUCCUUCUUGUCUCUUUUCAGUGCAUGAGGAACCCAGCUCUGCUGCAGAGGACAGGUUUAGUCAUUAGAGUGCUUUGCCACAUCCAGGAAAAUGUCUGGCUCCUACGAUGAAUGUGUUGGUGCUGACGACACCAUGGACAGCUUCUGGGAGGUACGCACUCACCAAUCUGUCUCUUCUCUUGGCUUUUCAUAAAAAAGAUACUCCACCUGGUAAUUGUCAUGUAGUGAUAAGGCAUCUGGAACCCAAAGGAGUCGAAGCUGUCGCAUCUGGUUUCAAAGUUAUUGACAUUUAAACAUCAAAUAAAUCACAUAAUGCGGGGAUAAUCUGCUGGCUUUAGUUUCAUAUUUAACCGCAUAUAAAAGAAGUAUAUUUUCCUCCUUAAAAUGUCAAAACACUGCGAAAUAAAAAGCAUUUUAAUGAGGACCUGAUUUGUAAUUGCUUCAUUAUAAUUCAGCUAAAAAAUAUCUCUGUUGUUUGUAGUUUUGGUCACAUUAUUACGGUCAAAUCAAGCAGUGAUUAUUAGUCUUAUCAAGAGUGUAAAUUGUGCAUUUAUGAUACAUUGAAACAAGGGGGAAAAGGCUGAGCGUGUUAAAAAUAAGACUCUUGCCCUAGUGUCAUUUAUCCAGCUAACAUUUACUUCUAUAGCUCACUCAGUGUUAUACCCACUGAGCAAUAGUCGGCUAUUAGAUGUCUAUUUUUUUUUUUAAGACCUAAUUUCAGCCGUCUGCAUUCUGUCUAUUUUUAGAUGGGAUUUAGACGUUGCACUUUAACCCGUUAUUCAAUAACUAUUUAUUUUAAAAAAGCAACUGUGAGUUGUACAACUGAUCUCCAAGUACUUAACCAAAAUAAAUAUGAUAGCCGUUGAGCAAUAUACAGUGUAGUAUAGAUAUAGCCCCGAUUUGGAUUUAGUCUAAACUUGGUCUAAAUUUAGAUGUCUAAAAAAACGUUUAUUUUUAGACCUGUGUUAGCCUGAUUUUAGACCAGUCGUCUAGGCUACAUUUAGACGUCUAUUAGACCUCUUUUAGACCGAAGAAUGCUCAGUGGGUACUUUCUUGUAUUGAAAAAAGCACAAAAUAGAUUUGUUAUAACCUUUAUAAUCAUAUUACAUCAAAUAUAAGCUGCAAAGUCUUUUCCCAUUCAUAUCAGUUGCAAUUCUUUUGUAUAUCUUAAAAAAAAAAAAGUAUUUGGCGACUGUGAGAAAGUGCAGGAAGUGAGAAAAUGCCACAGUUGUUUUCUUUCUGCUAUCUAUUAUGGACUCACUGGAUGUAUGACAGGGAGCAUCAUAACAAGCACCAACAUCGUACAAGGUCAAUCCAUCUUCACUUGUGUUGAGAUAAAGUGUAUGUGUGUGUGUCUGUGUGUCCAACAAAUUAGUGUUAAUGAAUUCCCUCAGUACAGAGUCUUCUUUGUGUAAUGGCUCUUAGCCACAGAGACUCAGACAAAGAGCCUCAGUCAUCAGCGGCUCUGAGGAGGCCUUUCACCACAUGCACCUGCCUAUAGCAUCUCUAUAGUGGCUGCAUAGCUCUUCAUAGUUUGCAGAGUUUACCAUCAGAAACACUAAAAUAUAACCAACCGUGCUGAGAAAUAAAACCUAACUGUGUAAUGAUCCCCACAUAGUGCUCAGAUCUAAUGCAAAAACACAGGCUCAUGUGUGUUUUCAUGUGUGGAAUUGGUCCACCCGUGUGUUGUUGUUGGUAUGACUCUGCAGUCUGCCACACGGGCCAACACACAUACCGUCACACACCUGUACACCUGUCUCACUGCCCCCCCCCCAUGCAGAACCCUCAUCCCAAAUAGUAUACACACAUGCAUGUUCAUGUUUGGACCAAUCACAGCUCUGCGUUGGAGGUAUGUGUGUCUGUGUGUGUGUGUGUGUGUGUGUGUGUGUGUGUGUGUGUGUGUGUGUGAUGAUGGAUGUGGAUGUAUGCACAUGCAUCCCGUGGUUUCUGUGUAUUUCUGUCUCUACCUCGUCAUCCAUCCCCGAGAAUCUGUCUGCUUGCAUUACAACGCUCAAGAGGAUUAAAGCAGUCUCUCUCUCUCUCCCUCUCUCUCUCUCUGUCGCGCACACACAGACAUGAACACACACACAAACACAGGCCCAUGUCAUUGCAUAACUACACAUGCACAGGCACGAGUAAAUCCCCCCUCCCCCCUUACUACCCUCCCUUCAUCAUGCACCAUGAGCUCACGCCCCCUGCAGGCAGUAAAGAGGCGGAGCCACACAGCCUGGCACUGUUAUUUUUUUUAAGGAGGUCUUGUUUAAGGUGGCAAGAACAGGGAACUAUAGUGUUUAUGAGAUAGUGGAUAAUAAAAAUAUAAAGCUUUACUUUUAUGAUUGUUAUUGUACUCGGCGUAAAAAAUCUCUAAAUCCAGUUCUUGUGCUUUUUUUUUGAUACAGUUGAUUAAUACCUGAGAGGACAGGUUUGUUUUCUGUCAUUCAGCCUGUCUGUCCUUCUGUUGUCAGGUGGGGAAUUACAAACGUGCUGUCAAGAGAUUUGACGAUGGCCAUCGGCUCUGCAAUGACCUUAUGGGCUGCCUGCAGGAACGCGCUAAGAUAGAAAAAGCCUACGGUGAUCAGCUAACUGCCUGGUCCAAGAGGUGGAGGCAGCUCAUCGAGAAAGGUCAGCAUUCAGGGCCGGGUCAAUAAGAUAAAUACCACAACAAAUUGAUGAGCUGACCCUGUUGGUCUGAUAUUAACUAAUACACGGCUCUGUGUGUUGCUGGGGCUUCACAGGUCCACAGUAUGGCUCGGUGGAGAGAGCCUGGCUGGCUGUGAUGACCGAGGCGGAGAAAGUGAGCGAGCUUCACCAAGAUGUGAAGAACAACCUGAUGAACGAAGACGUAGAGAAAGUGAAGAACUGGCAGAAAGAGGCCUAUCACAAGCAAAUGAUCGGAGGCUUCAAAGAGGCCAAAGAGGCAGAGGAAGGAUUCAAGAAGGCUCAGAAACCGUGGGCCAAGAAGCUCAAAGAGGUGAGAGAGAAGGAGAGAAACCUGUCUGAGUCAUCAUGAAAUUAGAAAUCUGUUUUCUGGCUUUUUCAGAGUUUGUACUUCUGAUGAUAAUGUGUUGCUUUGUGCCCAGCUUUGCCACAUCAGCUCAUAGAUCCUCCCCAGAUUAAAGUAUUACACGUAUAGAUAUAUUUGACAUGUUAUUUUCAUUAUAUUUGAUGAUGAUUGUACCCCAAAGUUUUGGAUAAAACAAGUUUAUGAUAACACAGUGUGAAAACAUCUUAACAGUGUAGAAUUAUCACCCAAAUCCGCAGCCUACAGAGCAUUAGAUUGAGUUUAAGUGAUGUUUUUAUGUGCAAAAGCUCCAAGACAGACAUUUAGCAGCUGAAGAGACAGAAACCGAAAGCAGAGCUAAAAAAGAGUGAGUUUUGGUAUCUAACAAAACUUUAAUCACACUUUAAUGACCCAGUUGCUGCUGAGCGCGCUGCUAUUAAGUUAGUCGUGUCAAGUUUCAGGAUCUAAUUUUGGAAUAAUCAGCGCCCCUCUAUGACUCUGUCUUUGGCUGGCGGGUUUUACUGGAGCAUGCCCUCACUCACAGCUCUGAGACAGUUCAUUUGCAUGUGAUAUUUUUAACAAAAAACUCUUUGAGGCACCAGAAUCAGUCAUUAAUUGAUUGUCAGUACAGCAGAGACUUUUCUCCCUCUCUUCCUUUAAGACACAAACACACACAUGCGCCUUCUCCUGACAUUACAUAGCAAACAUAAAUGCAUCACCGGUGUAUUUAUGUUCUUUGUUUAUCCUCACUGUGGUGUUUUUAUCCUAAAUAACAAGACGGCUCAUUUACUGGACAUAAGCACAUAAUGCGGUUAAUGUCCUGAUACUGAUCACAUUAAAACAGAGUAGCCAGUCUGGACAAGGUCAGUCCUGUUUUGACUUGAGCAGAUGUGACUCCCUUGUCCUCCUUUGGUCAAAUCAGAUCAUGGUGUUUGGAUACUGACAAUGCCUGCGUUUGCACAUGCAGAUGGAGGCAGCUAAGAAAACAUACCACAUGGCCUGCAAGGAGGAGAAGCUGGCUGUUACCCGAGAGGCCAACGGCAAGACUGAGGCUUCUGUCACACCAGACCAGCAGAAGAAGCUCCACGAGAAGGUGGACAAAUGUAAACAGGACACGCAGAAGGUGAGGAAGAAGGCUGCGGGGAAAGUUCAGAUUCUUGUCAAUUCUUCUUCUCUGUGUUGUUGGAAGAUGGAUGAAAAAUAAACAUGGAAUUGAUCUUUUCUAGAUGAAAUGUAUGCACAACAACAUGUUUGGUAUAUUUAAAUCAUACACAUUUAUUCAAUCAUUUCCUCUUACCAUGCUGAUACAAGCUCUCCUGACACUGUAAUUCAAAUGAACGGUUUAAUAUUUAAUGUUGCGAAAUAUAUAUGCAGUGAAAAGGCAGGAGUAGAGUUUCCUAUUUUAAAUGCAAAACAUGAUUAUAGAAACUAAUAAUAAGCAGUACUAAAUUCCCACUGUGUCAAAUGGUGUUUUAAACCCUUUGAAAAUUAAUAUAUCUCAUAUUUUUUAUGCUAAAAACUGAUGGCGCACACUAAAGCCUUCACUGCUUAUCCUGAGGUCAUUCAUAAAGCCUGUUCCAAAGCAAGUACAAUUAAAGUUAAUUAACACUUAGAAAAAAAUGAACAUAUAGAUACAAAAAAAAACAGCUUGUAGUGACUAUGCUGACCUGAGUUUUAGUCACUGUCUGGGUGCGGGAGUGAGGUGUUUUUGACACGCUUCUAGUACGAUCCAGUGUCCAGUCCAAGGUUGUUGUUAAAUUAUAUUUUUGCCAUUUAUCGAUUAAAUGAAAAGAAAACAAAAAAAAAAGACUGAUAUGUCCAAAUUAUGACAGUGGUGAUGUACGUGAUGAGGGUGAGAGUGGUCCGUCUGCUCUUCCCGUUCCCCAGAUCACUGCUUCACCUGUAUCCCUUUUGUUUGCCCUUUUACCUGCCCAUUCACCUGAGGCACCCCCUGUGGUAAUUGUGCGAGCAACAAAACAAAACAAAACACAAAAAAUGAUACAGAUAAAAUGGCUCAUACACAGCUGUUAAAAUAAACUAAACCUGUCUGGAUCUUUGGAUAACAUGUUGUUGUUUUUCCGUCACAGGCUAAAGAGAAGUAUGAGAAGUCUCUGGAGGAGCUGAACAAGUGCACUCCAGCGUACAUGGAGAGCAUGGAGCAGGUGUUUGAUCAGUGCCAGCAGCAUGAAGUCAAGAGGCUGACCUUCCUCAAGGAGGCGCUGCUGGACAUCAAACGCCAUCUUAACCUCACUGAGAACCCAAGGUAAGCAUUGUUUAUGUUUCAAAGAGCUGCGUUUCCUCUGAUGAAUGAUUCAAAGAGGGGGGGGAAGAAAGACCCCAGAGACCCCCCUUUUAUUUCAUUCUCUUUUUUUUAACUGGAUUGUAAAGCAAACAUCUUUAUUCUGUACCACAUUUGAAUUAGAUGAGUUUGAUUUGCUGUGUCACAGUCGGUACAGUUCUCCUCAAACUGAUGGAUCUUAACACUCCUCUACAUCAGGCAAGCUUUUCUCAUUAGUGUUCAGACUCACAGCAUCAAUUAAAGGAUGAUUCAGUCAAUUACGUUUCUGCCAAACUAGAUUUUGUUCACAGUGAAUGCUUGUCAUACUCCCCACCUGUAAGUAAUAACAAAGCUGAACCCUUGAAAAGUAGUUUUAAAUUUCUUUUAAUGACUCUGCUGUGGAUGAUUACGUCUAAUACGAGACUAAACCAUGUUUUAAUCUUUUAAUUCUUGCAACUUUGCUUGUACAGUUGUAGAGUUAAUCAAGGCUUAGUCAUAGCUAGUAGUUUACAAGUGAGAAUUGAUUUUUUUAAGAAAAGGCGGCUUGUUCCCUAGACCUUCUCCUGGUUGACAUAUUGCAUUACAUACAGAAACAGUCAACAAACGAGCUCGGAGGAGGCUAACUUGUUGUAAGUUAAAUAAUGAAAACAUGGACAAAUUUAUAGCUCUGUCUGGUCUUUGUCUGGUCUACUUCCGUUAUUUUUCGUCUUCUGCAGAGGUUUUUGUUUGCUACUCAGCUUUCUUCUUCACAUUUAUACUGUUUUACUUCCAGGGCUAAGCCUGGUCUGGGAACUGUGGAGCAUGUGCACGAUUGAGGUGUAGACAUGCAAGAAAAACCGACCCUAAACUAGGGCUGGGCGAUAAAACAAUAAUGAUAUAUAUCAAAAAUUAAUUUACCCCGAUAUCGAUAUGAAACAUGGUCAAUGUGCUUUUCGAUAUCUGGCAUUCUGCCAUAUUUUGGUAGACUAUACGAAUAGCCAAUGAAAAGGGGAGUUGCUCUGGGUCCACGCCUCGCUGAACUGACCAUUCAACGCCUUACGACAAAAUUUCGAAGAGACACAAAGACCUCAUAGAUGCAUUUGCUUAUUGUAUUGCAAAAGAAUGUAUUUUAGACUCUGGCUUUUUGAUGUAUUUGUGAGGAAAGUUGUUGAGUUAGAUCAUUUUUACAUUUAUUUAUAUUCUAUAUAAAUAAGUCUGCCCAAACGGUAUUCACAGAUUAAGCAAGAAGUUUGAUCUACUUUUCACUAGAAAUAACUGUUAGCAUAGUUUGGGGCAAAUACUUUAGCUGCUGUGGGAUUCUGCUUGAGCAGAAAACAGAAGGAUUCACAUGAGUCUUGUCCUGACCCGUUGUCUGAUCUCUCUCAGUCCAGAAUUUGAACUACACUGUGUGUUCUGGUGCCAAAUUGGCAACAACCCCAGGUCUCUUCUGGCACCUCCAGUGUCACUAUUUGUUUCAUUUUCUCUCCACAGCUAUGCCACAAUAUACAGAGAGCUAGAGCGCACGAUCUUGGCUGCAAACACACAAGAGGACCUGAAGUGGUUCAGCAACAACCACGGCCCCGGGAUGCACAUGAACUGGCCUGCAUUUGAGGUUCAACCUUAAAUCUCCUCUCAUUAUUAAAGAAAUCACGUCUUUCUUAAGUGAAAUUAUUUGGUGUUCUGCCUUCAUGAGCUUUUCCUCUCAUCUCCAGGAAUACAACCCAGACCAGGCCAGUGCUCCUCCAAAGAAGAAGAAACCAGACGGGGCCCCACCCACUCCAAGCACCGACCAUGUGGCGCCACCUGGUGACCGCAGCAGGUAAGUUCAAGCAAUCAGUGUUAAACCACGACAUCAGUCACGGUAGAGCACUCUGUUUAAUCAGGACACUAUAUUUUCUAAAGACAGUCAUAAAAGAUUGACUGAAGACUGAAACACUGAAGUCUCAUCGACUUUCAUGCCUGAGCUUAUUGGUCAACACAGUACCUUUAAACUGGUCACAAGAUGGAUUUUAAUCUAAUUUCUUGUUUAUACAAUGUAUUUUUGAUAGAUUAAACUCUUUAAAUAAAAUAAACAAGUAAAAAAGAUUGGUGGUAUUUAAAGAAAUUCAGUUUCCCAGGUGUAAAUCCUUAUUUCUUCUAAAAGACCGAAUCUUCUCUUGACACGGAUGGGGACUUUAGUUUUGUCUUUUCUUUUUGAGAUCACCUAAAAAUGUCUGUUUUAACAUCAGUAAGAGGAGCAGGAUGGUGUAGUCAGGAUCUGUUCAUAACGCCACACAGUGUUCAUGUUCAUCAUUAUUAAUAAUUUGAUUCUCACGUUGUCCUGCGCUCCAAAACAAAGACCAGGGUUAGAGUUAAAAGAGUAAAAAUAAGAACUGGAACUGAGCUUGUGUGUUUGGUUUGAGGGGUGUUGGUGUACCUCACAUCUUACCCUGCGUUUUUUCUCUCCUCCAGUGUGAGCAGCUAUGAUAAAAACCAAGCUUACUCAACCGAGUGGUCUGAUGAUGAGCAGCCUGCCGCAUACUCCGGUAAUGAAAACGGAGGGAACGGGAAUUCAUUCGAGGAUGAUUCCAGCUCCGGCAAAGGGGUUCGUGUCCGUGCUCUGUAUGAUUAUGAAGGCCAGGAACAGGAUGAGCUUACCUUCAAAGCAGGUAGGUCACAGUGACCAGACCAGUGAUUGACUGUCCUGAUUUUAACUCUGAAGCUCCCUUCCCCUGCGGUCAAUAGCAGUAGACGGUCAAUAAUAGCCAUGUGGAAAACAAAUUACAGGUACUUGCCACCAAUCAACUGAAGCUCUUUGUGAAAUGGUGUGAAAAGGGGCUUUUGAGUUCGACACGAAUAAAUGACCAGCAGUGAAAAGACAAGCGGAAUAAUAACUGCUGCAGCAGCCACAGCUGUUUCCCUCUAUUCCUUAGCUGAAAAUCUCAACUCUAUUUUGAAAUGGUUUUCAAAUAUAGCAAAAAAAUAAGCAAAUACUCUGUUACUUGAAGCAAAGUUUUCUAAAUUUAGUGUUGAAUGGUGCUGCCUAUUUAUAGAGACUGUGAUUCAGUGCAUGUCCUCCCCACAUUUCUUAACCCUUGUCAUCAAAUAAAGGCAAAAAGCCAGACAAGAUAAUCUUACAAAAACUGUGUUACUCACCAUGUUGCAUGCAUGUGUCCUUGAGAGUUGUAAAACUGUCUGCAAACCUUUCACAGCUGACUUUAAAGAUAUCAUAAGACCAGUUAAUCUGCCGCCUUGCUCUUAUAUCUUUCCCUUGCGUCUUGUUGCGGCACUUUGUUGCUUCAAUCAGCACUUUACAAUCACCUCUAGCUCAGUGUCAACGUGCGUAACCAAUGGUAGGAUGUGAAACUCAUCACACGUGUGCUUACACUCGCUGCUUGGUGUGGUUGGAGGUGUAACAGAGCCGACUUAUGACUGCUCCCAGCAGCAUCAGAGGGUGGGAUCAGACGUAAAAUUAAUCUAGACCUUUAAGGGAAAGAAGACAGCAACUUAUCGCUCUACACUCUUAUACAGCUACCUUAGAAUUUGGCUCAUUUUAGCCAACAAUGACAGACAGAAAUCAGAAGAAUAGUUUAGCUGUGUUAUUUCUGUUCAAGCAGAGGUGAAAUUAUACGUAGGACAGCUUUUGAAGGCACAGCUCAUUACCCGUGCACCUGGAGGUUAUACUUUAUCACUGUCUUGCUGGGAAUUAGGUGAGAAGAUCUUGUGUCUUAUUAUGCAGCUGAACCCUUCACUUUGGCUCACUUAGUUCAGCAAAAAGACAAGAAACAAGUGGGGCACAGCUGGUCUGCUGAAAGGUGGCAAAAAUAUUAGACAGAAUACAGUAAGAAACAGAUGUUGGAGCAUUUAUUUCAGAGUAAUCUUCAUUCUAGGUUAAGACAUAUGGUUCAUUCACUGUUGAUUGAGCGGUGUUGUCUCCUUCACAGGUGACGAGCUGACCAAGACUGAGGAUGAAGAUGAGCAAGGCUGGUGUAGAGGUCGUUUGGACAACGGCCGAGAGGGACUGUACCCGGCCAAUUAUGUUGAGCCCAUCUAGUCACAUUACUGGACAAGGACAUGCCAUUGGAGGCAGCUUGAACUGUCCCGUCCAAUCGCACCGCACAUAGCCAGAGACUUAAGAGCAACACAUCCCUUGCCCAACAGAUGCGCCAAGCAGUCUUGCCUAAAUAAAAACUUAGUAACCUAAAAGACAAUAUAUCAGUAUAAUAUAUUUUAUCCAGCAUUUGGGGUGGGUGGACUUAACACAUUUAAAACAGGAGCAGCAGUUAUUCCAGUGUAUACACACUCAAGUAUAACAUCCAAACAGUGCAGGAACACAUUGCUUCUCAGUGUGGCUGUAUUUAAAUGUAUAAUGCAGCUUAUUUAAACUUGCAGUACACUGCAGUCUGUUCUCUUGUGAAAAUGGGAAGAUAAUAUAAUCAGUUGAACCCGUUCAACAACGAUGAGCUUCUUUAACCUGCAUUGUGUAUAUACGGUGUGAUGCCAUUUUUGUGUAGCAUUUUUAAAUGCUGUGUGUGGUCAGUUGUCAUUCUUACAUUGGGAAUGCUGUGUCGUGUUAAAGUACCACAGACAGUAUCCUCUAUUCUUUUUUGUUUGUUUUUUUGUUUUUCUUUGUGAUUUGGUCCAACCUCUUUUCCAGUGUGUGCAGUGCUAUGUGUUUUUAACUGUUUCUGAACUUGCAUAGCAGCAUGUGCUAUGCAACAACUCGCAUUCCCUGAAUCCUGCAGCCUUGAGCGGGCUACAACUUGAUGCAACACUUCAACUUCAAAUGCAGAGUUCACGUUAUCAGCAUCACGGGCUUCUGUUUCAUGAAAAGAAGCUUGUUCACUAAGUGAUUUUCUGUUUUGCUUUUACAUCUUUUUUUUUUUGUUUCGUUUUGUUUUUCUAGCAUCACAACUUCACACCUCUGACAAUAUCAUCUCCAUGAAACCUUUAGAAAGGAUGUAGAGUCUGUGCAGGAGGAUUUUAUUCUUGGUUCGGUUUUCAGCUCUCAUUUUUAUCAGCUACUGCUACGAGGAACACAAGUGAUACUUUCCCUCGGAGCGAAGUCAAAUCAAGUCUUCUUGAGUUUGUCACUAAAGUAUAAGAGGAGGGUUUUAAACAAUACCUGUGCCAGGCACUUUUCUUCCAGAGCGAGGGGCCAACUAGAGGCGGAUUAUUACUAAACUGUGCUACAGGCAUGAGUCUGAUGAUUGAAGCCUCUCAAACAGGACAUGAAUGUAUCGGUGUUUCAGCUUGAAAGAGGGCAUAUUGUCUAAACACGCAUCCUCGCCGUCAUUUAGAGCCCUGCCUGGUAUAAAGUACUGAAGAACUAGUUAUAUGGCCCGUUUCUCUGCUGAGCCAAAGAAUGACACAGUACCAUCAACUAUCUGUUUUCUCUCCAUGCAAUAACCUCACAUAUCACAUCUUCAACAGCUUCAGUGGAGAUCAACUUGUAGCUGCCUCCCAGUCCACCCAGACUUCAUUUGUCUGCAGACACUGCAUGAAGACACAGGGAAUACAUUUGUCACCAAGAGUGCGCUGCAUUUAAGGACACACACACAGUGCACUACAUGGUUAUUUUUAAAUCUUAAACUCACUCCUUGGGUACAAACGUAAAUCAGAAAAUAUCAGAUUAAUUAUCAGAUGUUUAAAAAAAAAAAGAGCUAUUUCGCCUAGAGUUGCGCCUAAAUCUCUGAUUAGAUUAGAUAGAUGCUUUUUAUAACUUAGUUGUCCUGGAGUUUUAACUUUCACUGGACCAACAGCAGUCAGAUGUGUUUAGCUCUGUGUCUGGAACAGGAUUUGACAGGUUUGGGUCUCACACAUGAGGAGAAACACAUCACCAGCUCACAAGUUGUGUCUUAGAGUAAAAGCUGUCCAGCAUAGCAAAAAGGACUCCUAUCAUCAGACUGUCCCACGUUAUCAAUGGGCGUAUGCACAUGCACCCACACACAUACUAACACACGCAUUAAACACACGAUAUACACAACACGCAAGCUCAAACACAUAAUUCACAUAACCAGGUUAAUAUUUUGGGGUAAACAUCUUCAUCAUCCAGUGUGUAUGAGUUGUGUAAAUGUAUCAGAAAAAACUGUAAAAAAAAAAUGCAAGUGAUUGACUAUUAAGACAAAAUGUAGUGUUAUACAUGUAAAUGUGUUUCAUUAAAAUAACAGCAAUGGAAAACAUAUUAAGUAAUAGGUACCAUAUCGUAUGAAUUUCAUUGCAAUGGAAUUGUCAGUGUAUCAUAAAAGCGUGACGUUAUCCCACGCUGUCAGAUUUGUAUAUGAUGAUGUAAUUUAAAGAUUAUAUUCUAUUGUAACUGUACAACUGUGUUGAGUUGAAAAUGAGACCUAACCAUGUUGAGACAGUAAAAAGGUGUACAUGUAAAUGCUUUUUUAUGUUGAAGAUCUCUUCCUUAUGCACACAGGGGACAGCGGCUCACGUUGCGGACUCCCCUAUAUUAGCGGUCUAGAAGAUGUAUGUUCAUAGUUAGUGAUGUACUUUUAUCUCCUAACUGGUGUAGUGCCUGUUCAUCUUGAUGUAACAAGAAGUUCAUUUAAAUAUGCAUAAAGAUGAUUAUGAUCACAGAUAAUAAUGACAAUAGUGAUGAAAAACCCGACUCAAAUUUGUUGUGAUGGUGUCAAUAUUGCGAUAUUGGUUUGAAAGGGAAACAAGUUUGUUGAAAAAAACAGAA